GUGUUUGUACAUAUUUUUUUGGUGGAAUGAGCUUUAAUUUGAUGAGUAUUAACUAUUAAGGACAUCUUAAAGAAAAGCAAAGAAAGGAGAAAAAAAAAGGAUAAAAGAGAAGGUCUUUCUCACAGACACAGAUGCCUAUAGAAUGAGGGAAGGAUACCCAGCAUAUGUCAUUCUCUUUGCUCAAGUAUAAUGGGCCUUGUUUUGUUCCUUUUUAACAAAUCACACAUCUUUCCAGAGAGAGAGAGAGAGAGAGAGAGAGAGGGAGAGGUGGCAUAGAUAGAUUCAGUUGCAGGAGUUGGGAUUUGUUUUAGAUGAAUGUUAGAUUUGGUCCAAUUAGGUCUGCAGCUACCAAACAAAACACCCAGUUUUGAAAAACAGAGGCAAAGGGAAGAAGAAGAAGAAGAAAGAGAGAGAGAGGAGAAAGAGAGAGAGAGAGAGAGAGGGAGGCAAAAAAAGGAGGAAGAAGAAAAUGGAGAGCAUGAUUAGUUUAUAUGUUGCCCAAUGAUUGAGUUGCCUUGCUACAACAGAAAAUUACCCAACAAGCUCUGAUCACAAAAAUAGAAGGAAGAAAUCUCAAAAACCAUGAAGUCCAUGAGUAAUGAUGGUAGCAACAGUAACAGUAAUAAUAACUGGUUGGAUUUUUCACUGUCUCCAAACAUGAAGAUUGAGUCAUCUUCCUCUUCUGUUGCUGCUGCUGCUAGCUUUUUUCACUCACCACCUCACUUUAACUAUGGAAUUUACUAUGGCCUUGAAGGAGGAGGAGGAGGAAGAGGGGAGGAUAACAGUCCAGUCCUGUACUCCCCUCUUUCCAUGAUGCCACUCAAGUCUGAUGGCUCUCUCUGCAUAAUGGAAGCACUCAACAGGUCCCAGCACCACCUUCAAGCUGCAAUGGUGACAACAACUAGUCCAACUCCAAAACUAGAGGACUUCUUUGGAGGUGCAACCAUGGGGACCCAUCAAUAUGAAAGCAGUGACAGAGAAGCCAUGGCUCUCAGCUUAGACAGCAUGUUCUACCUCCAAAACCCACACCCAACAACCCAACAUCAUGUACCCAGCAACCACCAAAACUUGAUGAGCCAUAGUCUUCAGCAGCACCAGCAGCAGACCCAGCAACACCAACAACAGUACUCAUCAUCAUACUACUCAGGCCUCAGAACCCAUGCGACGAUCUUGGAGGAGGGUCACAAACAAACCCAUGUUUCAGCAGAUUAUUACAAUAUGCACCCAGCAAGAAUAGGGAUUGAUCAGAGCAUCGCAGAGAUGAAGAGCUGGGUUUCCAGAAACAAUGCCAUGGAUCAGAACAACAUGGCUGCUGGGUGCAUGGGAGAAAGGGGAUUGUCCUAUGGGGAUUUGCAGUGUCUGAGCUUGUCCAUGAGCCCUGGCUCACAGUCUAGCUGUGUGACCAGCUCACAGCAGAUUUCUCCCACUGUGACUACAGAUUGUGUGACAUUGGUGGAUACCAAGAAAAGAGGGCUUGAAAAGGUAGAUCAAAAGCAGAUUGUCCACAGGAAGUCCUUGGAUACAUUUGGCCAAAGAACCUCUCAGUACAGAGGAGUCACAAGGCACCGAUGGACCGGUCGAUAUGAAGCACAUCUAUGGGACAAUAGUUGCAAGAAAGAAGGCCAGAGCAGGAAGGGAAGGCAAGUUUACUUGGGAGGUUAUGAUAUGGAGGAAAAAGCUGCAAGAGCUUAUGAUCUAGCAGCACUCAAGUAUUGGGGACCAUCCACUCACAUUAAUUUCCCAUUGGAAGACUAUCAAAAAGAACUAGAGGACAUGAAGAAUAUGACCAGACAAGAAUAUGUUGCUCACUUGAGAAGGAAAAGCAGUGGAUUCUCAAGAGGGGCUUCAAUGUACAGAGGAGUGACAAGCAGACAUCAUCAACAUGGAAGAUGGCAAGCUAGGAUCGGAAGGGUUGCUGGAAAUAAGGAUCUUUAUCUUGGGACAUUCAGCACCCAAGAGGAAGCUGCUGAGGCUUAUGACAUAGCUGCUAUCAAAUUUCGAGGACUGAAUGCUGUGACCAACUUUGACAUAACACGGUAUGAUGUGGAUCAGAUUAUGUCUAGCAAUACCCUUCUUGCCAGCGAACUUGCCAAGCGAAACAAGGAGGUUGUGCUCGUUAAUGAGGCUACUAAUCAAAACAAUGUCACCCAAAUCGGCAAUGGGGAAGCUGUUGUCUCACGGAAGAACAUUAGUGAAGGUGAAGAUUGGAAAAUGGCACUCUACCAGUCCUCCUCCCAGCAACUUGAUCAGAAGCAACCGAGCACUGAAACUCGCAAUGUGACUCAAGCUGAGGCAGAGGACUUUGGCAAAAUGGGGGCUGCUCAUUUUUCCAAUGCAUCUUCAUUGGUGACAAGUUUAGGUAGCUCAAGAGAAGGGAGCCCUGAUAAGUCAAGCCAACCAAGUUUCUUCGGAAUGCCUCCAUCUGCUUCCAAGUUUUUCACAAGUUCAAGUGAUGCAGUGAGUUCUUGGAUCCCAACAGUCCAAUCCAGGCCAGGACUCACCAACCCUCACAUGCCGAUUUUCGCAGCCUGGACAGAUGCAUAGCCAUAGCCAUAGGCUAUGUGUUUUUUGCUCAUCUGUGGAAAGUUUUUUUCACUAAAUUACAUGCAAACAAUAGCUCAAGUAGUUUUUAUCUUAGUGGAGUGAAUUAUGGUUAAUGAUAUGGUCCUGGGAGGGGCCUUUUGCGAGCAAAGUAAGAGAAAACUUCACCGA